AUGGCUGGACAAGGCACCGGUCCCUCACGGCGCAGUCACACGAAGAGCCGUAAAGGCUGCAAGACUUGCAAACGGCGGCACAUUCGCUGUGAUGAGACCUUCCCUCAAUGUCGAAAUUGCACCAAGCAUCAAGUACGAUGCGACUAUAUGGAGACGAUAAACACAGAUGCUGAGAGCCAGUCGAGUCCAGAGCAGUCUUCCCUCGUGUUUACCCCCGGGACCGAGAGCAGAAUCGACCUCUGGCAGCAGACGGGCAGUUUUCCUUAUCCUAGCCUGCAGGUCUUCCCUCCACCGCAGACGCAUGAGUACUCAAAGACCGAGCUCCGCUUGAUUCACCACCUCUCUACUAUCUCGAACGAUCUCUUGCUCAAGAGCACCUCGAACCUCACAAUAUGGACGCAGAAGAUCCCUAAGUUCCUAAGCAUAGCAUCUUCUUACCCCUAUGUCAUGCAUGCUCUCCUGUCAUUUUCUGCGAACCAUUUGGCUUGGAGCCAGUCAUCAAACGAGACGCGGAACUUACAUAUACAUCAUGGAACGAUCGCACUUCGCGGCCUACAUGAAGCAAUCGGCAACUUCUCACACGCCAAUGUCGAUGCAGUACUGGCAGCCUCGCUACUGCUUCUUUGGCAGGCGACUGACUGGCGAAGCUGGUCCUCACUGCGCGCAGGAAUCCAGUCGGUCCUGUCUGCAAUGCAGUCCUGGAAGCACGAAUCGAUAUUCGCCGAAUUCAUCAGCGAGGAAGAUGUCAUCGGCAGCCCUCAAAGCUCGAUGAGACCGCAGCCGGCCGUCCCAACGAACGAACGAUAUAUGAUCCUCUCGAACACAACCCAAGCCUUACAACAAUUACAGCGAAUGUUAGCUGGUCACGAGGCCGAAUCGUACUGGAUAGGACAGCUACUACAGUACCUGCAACGGCUACAGUCAUCACAGCCUGCGUCAUCGCCCGAUGAGCAGUUCAGUCACCUCUAUCUGCUGCGGAAAUGGCUGUUCUGGGUGCCAGUGCUGUUGCUACAGCGUCAGGGAGGUCAAGGACCUGCAAUGCUUACACUUGCGCAUUUCUAUGCAACAGCACUGGCGCUGGAACCUUUGUAUCCCGACCUUGGAUCAGCAUUCUGCGCGCGGAUAGCGCUGGUACCACUGGAGACGAUCAUCAGCGUCACCGAGGCUAUGCAGUCUCAGCGCGCAAUGGACCAGCAGUCAAUGGAGAUUGCUUCCUCCAUGCAGUUCCCGCAACAAACAGCCUUAGGUUUCAGAAACAGAAUGAUGAUGGAGACGCAGCACGGAAGAAUGAAGCAGGGGCAGGCGAUGAUGGGCGUCAGUCACGAUACGUUCAGCUACACCAGCAUCGGGAACCUCAGCCCAGCGUUUGCACCCUCGCCUCUCCACAGUACGGCAGCCCAACAGACCCAGCCACCGACUUCACAUGCUUCUUACCUGGAGGUGCCAGCCACACAAGCGGGCUUCAGCUACGGCACGCAGAGCUGGGGAGCUAUGCCAUCGCCUGGUUUCCCGCCUCAAGCGUACGCCGCGCAGGAUGAGCAGUUGUAUGGCUACUCCUUGGGCGGCUUUCGCGGCGACGGGACGCCAUCAAACGACCCAGGGGCAGGACCCUCCAACACCCACUACCAGCAACAAUAUUGA